UUCCUUUUAGGUUCACUGCAGAUCGGCCCUAACGUCAAGUUGAUCGGAAACGUGGAGAGGCGGCUAAAGUUGUUUUUUAAAAUAAAAACAAAAAACGGAAAGUCUUCUUUCUGUUCGCUCUGUGCAACAUAUUGCUCAAGAUGGCUUGUUGGAGAGUGAAAUUAUUUUGAGUGAUUAUUUUGGCCAGUGUGCUGAAGCAAGUCGAGCUUGUUCCAACUCGAGCUGCUGCUGUCAACUCGUGUACAGCCACAACUACAGCGUUCAGGGCUUGACUGCGUUAUCUCAGGGACACUGGCAGAUAAAACCGUGUUGGAGUGGUAUUCUGCAGCAUGUCGGCUGAAGUGGCGAGUGAGUGUCGGUUAGGAGAGGGCGACCAAAACACCGCGGGGAAGUCUGAUACACCGAGGAGUCCGGACGAGGGGCAGCACGAGCAGGGGCAGCGAGCUCCCAAAGUCGAGGGGAAACAUCCCAAAGUCGAGUCAAAACCCCCGAAACAAGGGGCCAUGGACGCCAAACUGGACGCAUUGAGCAAAAACAACACGAACCACAAGGAAAGUGACCAAAAUGUGCCCAGUAACAAUGCAGAAAUCGGCCAGAAGAACGUGACCGAGGCUCCGCCGCCGAAAGUAAACCCUUGGACGAAGAACAACACGCCGUGUCCUCCCAACAACUCGACAAACAACACUCAAGAAACGGAAUCCCAGAACUCUGCCAAAGUGGUACGUGCCAACAAGCCCAGAUCCAGAAAGUCCAGCAAGUCGAGUGAUUUCAGUGACAUCACCAACUGGCCUACCCCUGGAGAAAUAGCCAGUAAGGAGCAGCAACAGAACGCACUGAAUACACAGGGUCAGAAAGUCCCAGCCGGGCGGAGAGAGGGAAGGAGGGAGCGCGGAGGAGAGAAGAGAGAGAAGGAGAGCGGUAGUGACGGGAGCGACAGUAAAGAGAACAGGGAGGCACAGCAGGAGACGCAUCUAACCACCGAGCUGGAGAAGGAGGCGGGCAAAGACACUCAGAGCAGUGUCCCCCGCAGGAGAGGCUUCAGGAGGGAUUUCAACGAUGAGACGUCAAGCGUUCGCAGCGAGGGAAGCAGUGUCCGCGGCAGCCUCCGGGGACGGGGCAAAAGUCGUGGCAGGGGCAGAGGUCGUGGCCGAGGGCGUUUUGACUACUCCCACAGUUAUCGGGAAUCUUAUGCCGAUGGUGCCACCGUGCCGCCGGAGUACGGGGCCAACAUGAUGUAUUUCUAUGACGACGGGAACCGGGUACAGAUGUACACCAUCGAGGAGAGUCUGCUCAAGGAGUACAUCAAGCGCCAGAUUGAGUACUACUUCAGCCUGCGCAACCUGGAGCGGGAUUUCUUCUUGAGGAGAAAGAUGGAUGCCAAGGGCUUCCUGCCCAUCUCUCUCAUCGCCGGCUUCCGACGCAUCCAAGCCCUCACCACCGAUGUCAGUCUCAUCAUGGAGGCAGUGAAAAGCAGUGAUGUAGUGGAGCUGGUCGAUGAGCAGAUUCGGAGAAAGGAUGAUCCAGAGCACUGGCCGAUCCCUGGGCCGCCCGCCAACUCCUCACACACGGACUUCAGCCAACUCAUUCACUGUCCUGAGUUUAUCCCGGGACAAACCUUCACCUCUCUCACUGCAGUGUCGACUUCCCCGGCCAAUCAAACCGCAGUCGAGCCUCCUCCUGCCACAAACGGCCAAUUAAACGACAACUCCGACACCGACACCAAACCGCUCUCUGAGAUGUCGUCCACGGUUCAGUCGAAAAGUGUGUCCAGCUCGGAUGAAAGGACCGCUGAGGGGCUGUCCAGCAGCACGGCUGAUCCGGAGAGCCAGUGGGUUCAGGUGGAGAAACGGCACAGGAACGCGUCUGGGAAAAACAAGCCAUCUGAAACACUUCAUCCCCACCUUCUUCCUUCCUCUAAUUCUGAGCCUUCCCUCUUAACAGAACGCUCAACGUCGGCCCCGACAAAUCCACCACCUGAGGCUGACCAGGAAGAACUCGACUUCCUGUUUGAUGAAGAGCUGGAGCAACUCGCGGCACCUCGCAAGAACACUUUCACCGAUUGGUCAGACGACGACUCCGAUGGCGAGCUGGAUGACAGCGACGUGAACAAGAUCCUGAUCGUCACACAGACGCCACCGCACUUGCGCAAGCACCCGGGCGGCGACCGCACAGGCAACCACGUCUCCCGCGCCAAAAUCACCGCCGAGCUCGCCAAGGCCAUCAACGACGGCCUCUACUACUACGAGCAGGACCUGUGGACGGGGGAUGAGAAUCAGCUGGAUGGUACCAACGUUAAGGAGGUGGAGACCUUUAAGAAGCUCAGCGUGAUCAGCCAGGAUGAGUUCGACACUUUGACCCCUAAAUUACCCGUUGACCCCAACCAGGAAGUUCCACCUCCUCCCCCCUGCCAAGACGAGCCCAGCCUGGCCCACUCUCUGCCAACUGACGUCCCAGAAUCCCCGAGUGCUCCCCGGACCCCUCGUACCCCACACACCCCACGUACACCUGGUCGGCAAGACCCGAACAAAACACCCCGCUUCUAUCCUGUUAUGAAGGACAGUGGAAACAUUGAUGGAAAGACUCCCAGGAAGAGGAAAACACGCCACAGCUCCAACCCGCCACUGGAAAGUCAUGUCGGCUGGGUGAUGGACUCUCGUGAACACAGGCCACGCACUAACUCCAUCAGUAGUUCAAAUGCUUCACCAUCAGAGGGCGCUCCACUGCAGUCAGCCAGUUAUGGCUGCACCCCUCAGUCUCUGCCCAAAUUCUUGCACCCAUCCCACGAAUUGCUCCAAGAGAACGGCUUCACCCAGCAGGUUUAUCACAAGUACCGUCGACGGUGUCUCAAUGAGAGGAAACGGUUGGGAGUGGGUCAGUCUCAGGAGAUGAACACACUCUUCAGGUUCUGGUCCUUCUUCCUUAGAGACAACUUCAACAGGAAGAUGUACGAAGAGUUCAAGCAGUAUGCGGUGGAGGAUGCAAAAGAAAACUACAGGUACGGAUUGGAAUGCCUCUUCCGCUUUUACAGUUACGGUUUGGAGAAGAGGUUCAGACCAGACAUCUUCAAGGACUUUCAGGAGGAAACUUUGCACGAUUACGAGAAAGGUCAGCUGUAUGGUCUGGAAAAGUUCUGGGCCUUCCUGAAGUAUUCACGGAUUAAAGGCCAAGUCAUCGACCCCAAGCUGCAGCAGCACCUCCGCAAAUUCAAGAGCAUAGAUGACUUCAGAGUGGAGCCGCCAAUGGGAGAGGAGCAGGGGGGCAGGAGACGGAGACACUCGUCCUCUGGAGGGGAUGAGGGCAGACACAAACGUUACAACUCAACCUCGACUUCAUCAUCAAAACAGGCCCCGCCCACCAAGGCUUCUAACGAGCCUGCUGCUGAAGGGGAAGUGAAAAAGGAUUCAACCAAUCGGUCAGCUUCUCCAGCAAACACUAAACUCAGUCAUGGGCCAGCAAACAGCAAAUUGACCUCAACCAAUCAACGGGCCAUUGCGGGGCUGGCCAAAUCAGCUUCAACCAAUCAGAAAGUGAAUGCCAAGAGCACCACAGGCAAAGAAGCGACUUCAGCCAUGAAGGAGAAGGUGAAGAAGAAUCCACAAUCUGAAAUGGCUAGCAAAACCAAAGAUGCACAUCCACCAAACUAAAUAAAUCUUGAGAGCUCGACAUUUUUAAUCUUAAAUGAGAAGGGCUAUUUUAAGGCCAAUUUAUAUCUACGGCCCAGACCGUAAAUCUCUUCUAUGAGUAAAUGAGCCAAACCGUUACAAGUGAAGCUUGAGUGUUAAACCAUCAGGGCUUUAACUGAUUUCACUACGUAAAGUAUCAAUCCGAAUAUUGUAUUCGUCUUAGCAGAAACAGCUUUUUUGGCUCAUGGUUGGUUUUUAACAGUUAUUCAAUUUUAAAUAGGCGCAAUUGGUGGACUGAAAAUCAUUGGAGUCAAAAACCAUUCUGCUGUCAAGUUUACGAACGCUGCAUAGAGUGUAGUUUGUGGACUGUGUGUUCCCGUGUUGAAUGUAAAUUUCUUUGUUUUAUCGUCUGGGGUGCCUUACAUUUCAAAGUUUUUACCCUAAUUAUAUCAGGAAAUAUAUCCCCAACAUUAUUUUUAUUUCAGUGGUGUCAUAACUUUUGUGUGUUUGCCUAUGAUCAUAAUGACAUGAUCACUGAUAUAUGAGGAGGAAACGUAAUUGUUUAUUUGAGGAAAAGGAAACAAACUUGAGCAGAUUACACAGAUUAUUAUAUUGUAAUACUCUUUUACACUUGAGAUGACAACAAAAAAUUUCACUAUAUGUAGUUUAUUGAUGCAUAGUGUUUGGGAUUGAGUAUGAAAUGAGUGUUAUCGGGGGAAAAAACAACAGUAUCAUGCUCAAAUGCCAAGCUAGUGCAUGAUUGGAAUAAAAUGUAAAGUUUUGGAUAUGAGAACGUAGGAUCCUUUAAUCUUCUGUUUUAACAGAUUUAACAAACUUUGAUUUUUGGCUUAAAUUAGAAAUGUUUCUCUUUACUUGAAGUUUUAUUUUCUAAGUAUUUUUAUUGCUUUAAAAAAAAAAAAAGAAAAAAAAGAAAGGAGUUUAUAUUCCAGGAAAAAAAAAGUUUUACAUUUUAUUGGCGAAGGGAUUUUUUUUCUCUCUCUCAGUUUUGAGUGAUUUUAAUUGUCAUCAGAUUUAAUAGAUUCUAAUCAUAUUUGUAUUGCUUAUUGCAACUUAUUUGGUUAAUGCAGCUAUAUAAUAGAAAUAUAAACUGUACAUAAAAAUGAGGAAUUGCUAUGAUUUGGUUGAUUUAAAUUUUUAUUGAGCUGUAUUACUGUAGUAUUGUUUUGCGUGCGCUGGUGUGUUCGUAUGCAUGUAAGGUUCCUAUUUUCCCUCUCUCUUUUUUUUGCCUAUAAAUUGUAACAUGUAAAAAUACAUAUAUUAAAAAAAAAAUUAAAAUCUGUUUAUAAAAACCCAAAA